AUGGGUUUGAGGAAGUUCCACUGCGUUCCCGAAGGGAAGAAAGUGGUCAUGAUUAAUUGGUCUAUGAAUAAUAGAGAAACCAGCAGAUCAAGCUUUGCUGGUUUCAGAAUCUUUGUAAUCCCCAAGACCCCCUCUUCUUCCUUCUCCUUCCUUCAUCUUCUUUCUUUAUAUCCUCGGUUUCUACUUGUCCUGUUUUUCAUAUCACUCCGGAGGAAGUUAAAAAUGGCAGACUACAAACAUGGUGAAGACUUCUAUGGCACCCAAGACCAUGAGGAAACAACCGAGUCCAAGAAAUACGGAGGAUUGGUGCCAAAGAAGAAGCCCUUAAUCUCAAAGGACCAUGAACGUGCCUUCUUUGAUUCAGCAGACUGGGCAUUAUGUAAGCAAGGUGCAGGAGUUAAUCAAAAAUCAACAGUGGCAAUCGAGACUUUGAGACCAAAGCUUCAGAGAACACCACACCAACAAUUACCUCCAAGAAAACCUGCUUGUACAUCAGGUCGAGAAAACAAUGCGCAGUAGAUUUCAUCAGGUGGUCUGAGAAGUUGAUGAAAAUGUUCAUAACAUUUUCAUGAUGAUGAUGAAAUUGGAUACAUUUGCAAUGUGCACUUGAAUUACUUGGUAUCUUUUAAUAAAAUGGAUUCCUUAUUGUUGAAAAGAAAAUUUGCAUUGUUCUGUCAUUGGCUUAUCACUUAUGCUUGAUUUGGAUGCGUGGUGAGAGCUUCGUCGUUGUGUUAGAGCUUGCAUUUGUAGACUCCGAUGCAUUAAAAAAACUUUUAUCACGCGUUCAAAUCAGAGCUUAAAGUUGUGAUUUUUAUAAUUCAAAGAAUCCAAUACAUUUCUCCCCAUGGUGAGUGGUAAUAUGAGAU